AUGAGCAACUCACUAGAAGAGAGACUUCGAGCAAAUUCAAGUGCAUUCGAUGGAUUAUUAUCUUUAAUACCAGCAAAAUAUUAUUACGAUGAAUCCACUCAAGAUCAAUGGAAAUCAAAGAAGAAAUCAAAGGCACAAUCGCAUCAAGACAAAGUAAAGAAGUUGAAUCCAAUGGAAAUUAAUGAUGAUAAUUCUUCUGCUUUGCAAGUCAAAAAUAAGAAACAAGCAAAUGCUAAACCUGUAGUGUUUCCUGGUUCGAAGAAACCUACUCAAGAGAAUGUAAGUGUAGAUGAAUCACUAGACAAUGACGAAGAACUCGAAGAACAAGAAGUUCUCGAACACCAAGCAAAUGAGGAGGAAGAAGAAGAAGAAGAAGAAGAAGAAGAAGAGGAUAUUAAACUUAUAUUUGAUGAUGAAGGUAAUGAAAUCAAAUCCUCCCAAGAAGCAGAAGACGACGAAGAAACUACAGUAGAAACUAGAGAAGAUAAAGAAAAUCCAAAGAAUAAAAACGAGGAUGAUUUAAAGAAACAACAAAAAUUGAAUGAGUUGAGAUUAAAAUUACAAUCCAAAAUUCAAGAUCUAAAGAAAAAGAGGAAAGCCGUCGGAACAAAGAUUGAUGGUGCUCCAAAUUCAAGAGAUGAUAUCUUAAACCAAAGGAAAAGAAAAUUAGAAUUAAAGAAAAGUCGUAAAGAACAACAACUUCAACAAGAGGAUGCAGAAUCUGAUUCAUCCUCUGAUUCUGAUUUAUCUGAUAAUGAUAUGAUUGAUGAUCCUUCUCGGAAGAAACAGAAAAAGAAUACUGACGAUAUUUCAACAAAAGAUAUUAUGUUUCAAAACAUUAUGUUCGAUGAUGGUGCCAAGACUACAUCUGAUUUACAAAGGUUAAGGAACAGUAAAGAUAAUAAAAAAUUGAAAGGACCAUCGAAUAAUGAUAUUAAAUCACAUUUGAAAAUUUUAGAAAAGAAAAAAUCUAAAAUCAAUGAAAUGGAUGAGUUGGAUCAGAUUAAAAUGAAUGAAAAAUUGAAAUGGCAAAAGGCAAUGUCAUUAGUUGAAGGUGUAAAAUUGAAAGAUGAUGAGAAAUUAUUGAAAAAAUCUUUAAAGAGGAAGGAAGUUCAAAAAAGAAAAUCAGCAAAUCAAUGGAAUGAAAGGAAAAGAGUAGUAGCACAAAAUAAAAAUGAAAAAAUUAAAAGAAGAGAAGAAAAUUUGAGAAUUAGAAAAGAAAAUAAGGGUUUGAAAAGGAAUAAGAAACAAAAAAUGUUGAAGAAAUUCUCAAUCAAUAAGAAUGGGAAACAAUUGAAACAAAUGAGGAGAGAAAAAGAAAAGAAUAGUAAUAAAGAUAACAACAAUAAUAGUGGUAAAAGAGCAGGCUUUGAAGGUAGAAUGAAAUCAAAUAAAAGAUAA